AUGCCGGCUGCUGAGGCGGGGGGAUGUCCCGAGAACGCUGCUGCUGCUGCUGCUGCUGCUGCUGCUGCUGGCGCUGACCACCACCAGAGCCGCUCCGCUGCAGGGCACCACCCCGACCAGCUCCACCCCCUCCGCCACCGCCGCCUCCACCUCCGCCACCACCGCCGCCUCCGCUCCCACCGCUGCCGCCGCCACCGCCUCCGCCUCCGCUGCCGCCACCACCCCACCACCCCCGCCACCACUCCCACCGCCACCCCCACUUCCUCCGCCGCCUCCACCGCCACCUCCACCGCCCCCGCCAGCUCCACCGCGCCCUUGCCCCCCUUGCCCUUGCCAGGUCGGCGUCUCCGCUAG